AUUUUAGCGAAAUCCGAUACUACAUCAAAAACGUAGGAAUAUAAAAUAAAAUAAACGGAUUAAACGUACAUACGCUGUUACUUAUCGACCUUACAAUUAUUGAUUUGUACUAUCUUAUGAUAUGGAAAAAGUAUUGUUAUACCAGGAAAUCUAGAAACUUUUAGUUGAAACAAAAUGGUAUGAACAAAUAUCCGAUGUUUCAAGCACAAAUUUUAUUUUUUUUUAGUGAACCUUUACACUUUACUGUCCUUUACUUUACUCUUUACUCUUUGACUCUUUACUCUCUUUAUCUUUACUAACUUUACUUUACACUUUACUUUUACACUUUACUUUGUUUGAGUCUGGCCUUGGGCCUUGGCACUUUUGCGACUUUGGCUGUUGGCUUUGUUUUGUUGUCUUUGGCCUUUAUUAGGCUUACUUAGGGCUUAGGUUAGUAAGUUAGUCCCAUGCCAUACUGCAUUAUCUAUCAUCAUGAUGACUAUGCACUAUGCAAUUUUUUCUUCAAAACACAAUCAUCAUAAUGCAUACAUUUCAUGGCCAAUGUAGAUGUCAUGUCGCAACUUUAUUGCAUUUUAAAAUUUUGUAUCCUUCUUGAUGCAAGACAAGAUGUAUCAAUUAUAAUCAAUGACCUGCGGACUGCGGUUGCUCCAUUUCCUGAUGUAAAUUCAGCCUGUAAAUUAAUUUAGUUCACACAUAGUAAUAGUACAUAGUAUAGCAACUUAAUUAUAUCCCACUUCAUACUGAUACACAGCAAGAAUAGUCAAUGACUUGCAGUCACCCCCUUGCUGAUGUAAUUUCAGCCUGUAAAUUAAUUUUAUGUCGAACCUUGACUAGAUACACACUGACACUGGUGGCAGUUGGAAAGCGUAAAAAUUAAGGACAAAGUAAAAAUUAUUUUACAAACAUUGCUGGUGACAGUGUCUUUUUUGUCUAAAUGGCGGAAACAGGAAGUUUUUAUUGGAUUGCCCAUGCACAGUGCCACAUUAACCAAUUGAGCCCUUUAUAUGUAUGAAUGCCAUUUUUCCGUUUUGAUUGCAGCUCUUAGUGUGGAUAGUGAGACCAAUCCUUGAGUGGCAGUCUCUUAUGCAUGUCCCACAUAUGAAUGCGGUGGAACAGUGUUUUCUGGCCUUCCUGUUCGCUCUUUUUACAGCUGUUUCUGCCCUGUUUUGCUCCUCGGCAUGUAGUGAUCUUUCAUGAUGUCCUGCCAUGUGGAUCGAUCCUCCGCCAGGUCCUCCCAGUUUUAGAUGUCAAUGUUUGCCGCCUUCAUGUCUCUUCUGCAUAUGUCUAUGUAUGCGAUGAGGUUGCAUUCACUUGCCAUGCCCAAGCCAGCGCAGGCAUCUUUGGAUUAAUAUGGCUGGGAUGCUCACAUGUAUCUUUGAGACAGAACAUCCAUGUUGGGGACUUUUUCUUGCAAUUUGAUGUCAAGGAUGCAGCAUAGGCAUCUGAGGUGGAACCCAUUGAGCCUUCUUUCAUGCCUGGUGUAUGUGGUCCAAGACUCACAUCCAUAGAGGAGUGUACUCAGACCUCGUAUACCUGCAGCUUAGUUCUUGCUGUGAGUUUAGCAUUGGACCAGACUCUUUUCUUCAGUCUAGCCAUGACAGUUGCGGAAAUCAAAGAUAAACUCAAUUGUCCUGGCUCCCACACUGUUCAGUAUUAUGUAUUCUGCACUGCUGUCUGAUGCAUUCAAGGACUCCACCAUGGGCUUGCCAAUCCAGUUUCGGACCGAUGGAUCAGUCGCCAACCUUAGGAGGCUUCAAGCUAAAACCAAGGUCAAACAUAACACCAUCAACAAGCUUCUGUUUGUGGACGAUUGUGCCGUUAACUCUGCCUCAGAAGCCGCCAUGCUACACAGCGUUGAUGUCUUCUCUGAGGCCUACAAUAACUUCGGCCUCACAAUCAACACAAAAAAGACUGAGGUGAUGUAUCAGCCAGCUCCCAGUAAGCCCUACUUUGAACCCAAUAUCAUCAUCGGCAGACAGCGGUGGAUAAAUUUACUUACUUGGGCAGCACCCUCUCCAGAUCUGUCGUCAUGAUGAUGAAAUGAAUGCCAGAUUCGCAAAAGCUAGUGCCAUAUUUGGCAGGCUCCGCAGCACUGUUUGGGAUAGGAGAGGUAUCGGAUGAGAAACGAAGAUCAAGGUCUAUACGUGAACGUGGACAGUCUACCAGCAUCACUCCAAGAAACUGAACCAUUUUCACUCAACCUGCCUCAGGAAACUCCUCUGUUGUCUUACAUUCUCACAACAUGUCCUGUCUAUCAAAGCUGGCUGGCACUGCAUUAAAAGAUAAAGAUGCUGGGGAGACCUACCUGUGCGAGUACUUCAGUGUCUUGGUCUCUGUCCUACCAUUUGAUGUUGAGGAUUUUUCUGAGGCUUGUCAUUAGAUUGUGGUUCAACUUUCUUGAUAGAUCGUCCACAUUUCACAGGCAUAGAAAUGCAUAGGGAGAACAGCCACCUUGUAUACUUAUAUUUAUGUUUGAGUGUUAAUACCACUCCUGCUCUAUUCAUUUUAGACAUUUCGCCAUAGAUUGCACUGGCUCUUGCAAUAUGAAUGUUAAAUAUUAAAGUAAGAGCACUGUGUAAAAUUGAAAGAGUAGUCACUAAAUGAUGUGGUGCAGUCCAUACUGCAUAGAUAUUAAAAAAAAUACAAACAAUCUUGCAUUUAAAAACAUUCAUAGCUAAAGCCAAUUGAUGUUUGUUUGUUUUUAAACGUAUACUAUGCCCUGUAGCCUAUACUAGUCUACACAACUGUAUAAUUUUUGGAAUACAAUUUUUGUUUGCUGAAGCAUUGUGUUCUACCAAUUGAGAGGGCACUUCACACUCUACUAAUAAUUUUAUAAUUAUGCUUAGGGUGCUUCAGCCCUACAUAAAUCCAGCCUAACUUAUAAAUUUUAUAAGGAUCUCUUUCAUUUCAUAGUAGGCCUCUACUAUAUGCACAGUCUAGUAUGCCUAUAGUAUUGCCUAACUUUAUAAUUUGCAAUAUAGUGAAUAGACAUAGUGAUAGUGUCACUCAUAGCUGUAGCAUUUCAGUAACCAAGUGCCCAGUUGUGUAUUAAUUAAAGUGGAAUUAAGAGGCCUAUUAAUAUUUUAUAUUUUCCAGGAUAUUACAACAGACAAUGUUACAUAUUAUUUAUUACUUCUUCCAUCAACCUUAAUUGUUCUUGUUGUUAUGGUCUUCCUGAACUGGCUUGGCCUCAAGUUUUUUACUCAUAAUUAAAGGAACAUGUGUAAGGUAAGUCUUAAUUUAAUUUUUUUGUCUGUCUUGACUACAAAUGGGGAAUAAUUGGGCUAAACAUCCCUAUUUUCAACAUAGACAAGAUAUCAGUCAGCAUUUAACCCCCCCAAAAAAAAUAAUUAAACUUUGGCCUAUCUACAGCUGAACUUCUAAAUGACAGUUGUCUAUUUAUUUUUCAUCUUAUUAUAAAUUGGUUAAAUUUUCGCUGUUCAGUGCACUGCACAAUAUUUUGUAUUUUGUAGAACUUGGCUGUGCACAGUACCAGGAAGCAGCAUUAAAAAUAUUCUUAAAGAUUCAUGAACCUUUAAUGUCCUUUCCCAGAAUUACAGAAAGAAGUUCAUCAGUCUUUAAUAAUGGUAAGUAACUAUAACUAUAAUUUGAUGGAGGUAAAUAUUGCCUCAAAAUGCUAUUACCAUUUCUAAAUUUUUGUAACAGGAUCUAUGUUAUAGAUAUGUACUAAUAGUUAGGCCUAUAAAGUAAUUUAACUAAAAUUCAUUUUUUUUUGUCAAUGUUUUCAGAAGCCCUUAUUGCCUACUCCUGCUGCACAUCGUCAACUCAGCAUGCAUUCUAUUGUGGAAAAUCCUGUGCUGUGGCCUAUCAUUUUAAUAACACAGUACGCUCAUUAUUUUUUAUAGGUCCAUGUCUAUAUCUUAUAAACAAAAAUUAAUUUUAACUUCAAGCCAGAUACUUUCUAACUAUGGGUAGAGAAAAUUAAACAUGGAGAAAAUAGUCUAUUCCUACUUUCUGAUUUGUGUGGUGUUUUUUUUUUCAGAGUUUUUAUUUACAGCACUUAUGGUAUAUUCAUUAACUUAAGCCGUGUUGAUGGACAUGUGAAAUAUGAUUCAUUCUCGAUGGUUCUUAGUAUUGAAACUAUAAAAGUAAGUUACCAAAAACCAUUGGCAAUACUAAGAAUUUCAACACUGUGCUUUAGUUUAGCAUUGUAUUAGUAAUUAGCAUUUUAAGUAACAAAAACUGUUUAGUUUUAUUUUUACUCAGUAACAUUGUGUUCAUUUUCUUUCUGCUUCUUGUGCGUGCUAUUUUCUCAUUUUUCUUUUAGUUUCUAAUGGCUCUGAUGAUGAGUUGGCCAGAAAUAGUUAAUCAUGGCAUGCCAGAAAUCAGAAUGAAAAAUGUCAUACCUUUCUCAGUGCCAGCUUUUUGUUACUGUCUCAACAACAACUUGGCUGUAUAUAUGCAAGAUCAGAUGGAUCCAGCCACAUUCCAAGUUAGUUUAAAUUUUUUGUCUUAAUAUUUGUUCAUAUUUAAAAAGACGAAUAAAAUAAUUAUGGCCAAAUAUUGAUAAAACUAAAAUUAAUAUCUUUUGUUACCCUUUGUUGAAUUGUGUAUGGCACUCUUUAAAAAUUGUCAAAGAAGGAUGCAAUUAUUUUAUUGAGGGUACCAUUGCGCUUUCCUGCAUAAAUUUUUCUCAUCACAAAAUCUAAUCUGUUAACAUUAUUGGUAAAAAAAAAUUUGCAAUUUAUUUAGAUUUUUUAGUGCUUAUCUGUACAAAGCAAAUUACAUUAAAUUGAAGGAUAUAAUUCAAUCAUCUGGGCACAUGUGUUUAAUUCACAAAUUUAAAAAUGUAAAUUGUAAAAAAAAUUAUUAUUAUUUAAUUUUUUUCUUAUCAUUAAGUAAAAAUUAGUUCUUGAACUUUGUUGAACUUGAUUUGUAUAUUCCAUGCUCAUGUUCAUUAAUCAGAAUUCCCUUGAUUUUCUUCAAAAGUAAAAAAAAUUAAAGAACAUCUUAAAUUAUGACUUUAAAAAAUGGAAAUUCAUUUGACUCAUGAUAUAGCAAAAACAUCUGUAUUAUUGAAAGACCUACUUUAGAAAAAGGGUUAAGACAAAACCUAUUUUGUAUCCUAAGUAAAAUUCUUUCUUGUUCACUCAAUAUCACAUGAAUGUGACUUGCCAUAAUAAUAUUAUAAUGAAGUUAUGCUUCUUCGUGCAAAUUAUUUCAGUCAGUAUUAUGAUCCUUUAGAAUUAAUUUUUUGCAAAACAAAUUAUGCAAAAGGUAUUAUUUCACAAUAAAAUUGCUAGUUGAAAUACAACCUAUUUCACUUAUAGGUUUUAUGCAAUCUCAAGAUAGCAUCUACAGCCUUGUUAUACAGAAUAAUAAUGAGAAGGUAAUGAAGGCAGUAGAAGAUUACUUAUGCAGAAUUUUUUUUUAUAACAUAGAAUUUAGUAUGAUGAGAGUUUUUUUAAUACAAAUUUCAGAAAUUGAAUUUAUUUUUUAUCAGAUUUUUUUGUAGACAUAUGGGAAAGAAUGAUAAUAAGCAUACAAAAUAUUAUGUUAAUUUCUAAAAUUUAAUUUUUGGUCACUUAGAAAUUUCACCUGCCUCAUUGCCGCUAAAGCAGCAGCGAAUCAGCCUUGGGAUAAUGAGAUUAACAGAAUGUACUUUAAAUCUUAUUUUUAUUUAGAUUCCCUUUAUGUUUUUUUUCUAUAUUAGAUGGCUGACCAUCAUAUUUUAUAUUAUUCACAGAAAUCUAAGACAUUUACAGUGGAUCUCAUUGGCACUUUUAACAUUUGCAGGAGCUUUGAAUAGGUAGCAAAUUUUAACAAUGUAUUUCACACGUAUUAAUCAGUCAAGUGAAGCUUUUAGGUUAUUUAAAUAUUCAUGUAUUCGUACAACAGUAUGAAUUAAUUUAUCAUAGAUUGAUAACUCACCCUUCUAUAACACUGGACAGCAACAAAAAAUGUUAUCUACUACUGGGCAUCUUUUGUGUGGUAUAUACAAAACAGAGUCUGUUGAUUCCAUAUCUGAAGUCAAUUUUGUGUAGCACAUCAGGAUUUUAAGUUAUACAGCUUCAUGUGAAAAUUAAAUUGUGUCUCAUGCUAACAAAUUACAGAACUAAUAUUUGUUUAUCACUGUUUCACUAUACUCAGUAUAGUAAUAACGUUCAAUAGGUGUUAUUUAUUCUUUUAUAGCUUGAAUUAUAAUAAAAAACUAAAAUAUUUUCAAUAAGACAUUUUAUGUUUGAUUUCUUAAAUAUAAAAAAAGAAUUCCAUAUAAAGUCUUAAUAAAAACAUGCCGAAAUUGAGUAAAGUAUAUACUAUAUAAUUUAAGAAAAAAAUCUAAAGGCAAUUUUAUUAAAUAUAAUAUAAACAUAUGUAUGUCUUACGUACCAUUAUAUGGUUUUGAAAAUUUAAUCAGUUUUAAGAUUUGGCUUGUUUUUUUAACAGUACGUAACAUAAGACUGAAAACCAAUAUACAAAGAAAAACAAUACCAAAGCUAGUGAUAGUAACCAGGGCUGGCUCAAGGUGGAUAUGAUGAGUGAUCAUCACACAGGCGCUCAAACCGCCAAAGGCGUCAAAAUUUGUUGAAAUAAAAAAAAAAAAAUUUUCUGAACUCUUCCCAUAAUUUUCCAGAGGUUGACAAUUGCCUAUUUUCACCCAACCUAAAACUGUCUAGCGCAGGCACUGAUAAUAAAAUAUUCAAUUUAAUUAUACUAUUAAAUAUAAAUACAAAAACAAAUAGACAGAAAUAAAAAAUAUAUCAAGUUUCACAGUAAUAGAAAAAGUAGAAUACAAUGUACUAGAAAGAUGCAAAUAUUAAUUUGCACAGAAAUAAAGAGUACAAUGGUGUAAGAAUAUUACAUCUUGUAAUUGUCUAGGAAAAAAAGCAAAAGCAAAAAGCUCUCUCCCAUCUAAGAAAGCUGCUGGCUUAUAUUUAUAGGGAGUAAGUUAGAACCCUCCAGAAAAGAAAUACUUCUUCUUCUUUAUUUUAAGGGCCCACGAUCAAUGAAUUGAUCAUUCUGGCUCCUAUGUUUCAGAGAGGUUUGCGAUGUUACUGUCCAUGGGUUUCAAUGGGAUACUUCACUGGUUGCAAGGGCGACUCAGCAGUGGUGUUAUGAACUGGGGGUUGGAAUACAGGAGGCAAUAGACACAAAUGUAUCGAGUGUAGCCGCCUCAACUGUUGCUUUUGGAAGCUUGUUCCAGUCCCCUAUUGUCUUCGGCAGGAAUGAGGAGCUUCUGUACUUCGUUCUUGUUUUUACCAGCCGGAACUGUUUGUCGUGACUUCGUCGCAGUCUGGGGGGAAGAUUAACGAGUUUCUGUUUGAUUCCGGAGCAGUGCACCAGUCCAUUUGUUAUCUUGUACAACAUGGUGAGCCUGGAUAGUCGUCGUCGUUCUUCCAAUGUCGACCAGCCCAGUGUUUCCAGCAUACUGCCAACACUCGAGGUGCUUCUGUAGCGGUUCAUGACAAAGCGUGCUGCCCGUCGCUGGACCGCCUCCAACCUGUCUAUGCUUUUCUGGGUAAAUGGGUCCCAGACUGUAGAAGCAUACUCUAAAAUAGGUCGGACAAAGGCUUUAUAGGCUUUUUCUUUCACGCUUGAGUUGCCGAUCUUCAGAUUGCGCCUUAGGAACCCCAGGGUCUUGUUUGCCCGGUUGCACACACUGUUAAUGUUGCCCUCUGAAGAAACCAGCAGUAAAAGCCCCACAUAUUGGAAUUUCAGUGGCUUGAUUCCUUUGUUUCCAAGGCUAAAACAUCUUAAUCUCAACAUCUCUCAAAGCUCAUUGUUUUUAUUAAUCAAGUUUGUUUGUAAAACUCCAGAUGAGAAUGAAAGAAAUGCAUUUUAGGGACAUUCGACGUGACUAUUGUGCCGUCCGACAGGACUGUUACACAAGAAAAAAAAAGCACACAAUUAUUUUUUUUAAACCAGAUGAAAUCCUAGAAGAAUCCUACCACUUUCUUAUGUGCAUAGAUGUUUAAGUUGUGUUCUUAGCAGUUGAUCUUUUUCACAGUAAGUUUCUUUGGAUCAUAUGUCUCUUUGGGGCCUAGAGCGUGAGCUAUAACUAUAGGAACAUAGGAUUUUUUCAUUACCAUUAUGCAACAACACAGCUUUUCAAGCUCAACUUGCUGGAGUCUAUAAACAGUCUCCACUGAUCAGGAAUCUAUCAGCAACCUAACUUCACCAUGAGACCUUCUCAGGCUUGUGUCGCCCUACUCAACAUCGGCCAUUUUAUUAAUAUUUCUUGGAUGCAUGCAUAGCUUAAAAUCUAGAUGUGCCGGGCAGAUUAGGACUUUAUAAUGGAAUCAGAGCUUUAAAAUACACACAACAUAUAUGCUUUACUUCCAAUAGAAAAAUCGUUGUUGACUAGAGUCAGAGUAUUAUGAUAACAUCAUUAUUUAUUUCUGUUAUUAGCUACAGUGGCUACACAGAAAAGACCUUGUCAUUGAGAGAAAUCCAUGUCACCUCUACUGGAUUGUUCAUGGCAGUUCUUUAUUGUAUCAUAUCAGGUUUUGCUGGUGUGUAUACUGAGUACAUUCUCAAGCGGGAUAUCAAGGUAUAUACACUGUCUAUAGUUUUCAUAUACAUUUACCCAAGUGCUUGCUGAGAAUUGAAAUUUGCAAUUAUUAAAAUGUAAUUUUCUGAAGUUGCGAAGAUUACAAAUUUUUCAUCAAUUAACAGAAUGUCACCUGAAGAGUAGAGUCUUAAAAUGAAAUAUUAUUAAACACUUGUUUUUUUUUAUCAUACAAUUUUAUGUCGGUGUUAGAUUAUACUGUCUUUGUCAGAUUUUUGCCUUAUAAGAAUCAAUUUAUCUAUUUUUUCAGAUAUCAUUACCUCUGCAGAGUUGUUUUUUGUAUAGUUUUGGCAUAAUUUUAAAUUUUUUAAUGUGGAUAUUUCAAGCUGGUGAGAUUUUUUCUUCUCUAUUUUAAAAUUCAUUAUAUAUUUCUUAAAUGAAAUCAGAAUUAAUAUUCCUCCUUGAUAUAAAAAUUCAUGCUAACAUUACAUCUGAUUUUAAAAUAUAUACAAUCAGUCACCAUUGUCAAAGAAAAUUGUAUCCCUGUAAAAAUCAUAUGUCAACCUUUUAUUCACCAAUUUUACUUUUAAAGGACUGAGAUAUUUACAUUUUUUUUAACUUUAAUAUGUGGUGUGCAAUAAUUUUACCUUUAAUUACUUUAGUUGGCAUAUAUUUGAUGGUUAUUUUUAUGUAUUGUAUUUUGAAUAUUCAUGUUUUUCUUCUCAGGUGAAACUCUCAGUUUAUUUCAAGGAUAUACAAAGUAUACAUGGAUUGUUAUAGUCUGUCAGGUAUAAUGGAUUGUACAACCCUACAAUCAAUGUUUUCAAUCUUAGUUACAAGGUUAAACCCAGUUGAAGCUGUUAAUACCCAUUUUACUUAAAAUCUUGUGAUGAGAAAUUCAUAUCAAUCCUUAAAUAAUAUAAAAUCACUCUAGUUAUUUUACAACAAAAUGGGUAAAUAUAUAUAUCUUUUGGUGUCUUUACUUUGAGCAGUAAUUUAUUUUUCCUAAUCAGUUAAUAUCAAGUUAGCCCAGAUUCCUUUAGGGUCUAAUUUUUUUUUUUCAAACACUGUUAACUUUAAAAUUGAAAAGGUUGCCCCAAGUGCAAGAAAAAGUAUAAUCACUUUGAUUUACUGUUGGCUUUCAUAUAAUCCACAAUUUAGCGAAAGAUUCUAUUUAAGUCGUUAUAUCAUGUAUCAGAAUUUUUAACUAAUGAAAAUUAUCAUAUAAAUAUAAUUGUCUUUUGCUUACAGGCUGUAAAUGGUUUGGUGAUGUCACUUAUAAUGAAACACAGUAGUAAUAUAGUGCGCCUCUUUGUUAUUACCUCAGCUAUACCGGUGGCCACUUUCCUUUCCAUUUUUAUCUUCCACUUGCAACCAGGAUUUGAAUUUUUUAUUGUAGUAAUUACUGUAGUGAUAUCAAUUUAUUUGUACAAUUAUUCACCAAUACAGAAAUAA